CUUUCUUUGUAAUAACAGAAGAGAAUCCUCGCUCUCUUCGCCAUCUUCCUUACCUUUUUUUCUCAUUUCCUCAGUCUAACGUGUCCAUCAUUAUCAAACCACACUCACUCGCUCGCUCGCACACUCUUUCAUUUUUGAAUUAUGUAUCAUUUUCAAAUACGUUUUUAAUGUUAUGCGGUAAUUGGCGGGAACCAAGUGUCAAUUCAGAUACCCUUUGUGUCGAAUUGGCCAAUUACGAAAGAUUCGCGUUGAAAAGGAUUCAUUCAGUCUCGCAAAGAAGAAUCUUUUGGAAAGAGAAAAGAAUCAAAAUUCAAUGGCUAACCCUUCUGGGAAUCACGAAGAAGAGCAGACAACCCAUGUUGCGUCGUCGUUUAACGGGAAUUUGGCACCCGACACUUCGCCCACCGCGCUCGCCAUGAAGCACAACCCCGGCAUAGCCCUCGAUUGGACUCUCCAAGAACAAACUAUUCUCGAAGAAGGACUCUCUCUGUUUGCGUCUGAACCUAACCUCACACGCUAUGCAAAGAUAGCACAAAAUCUAAAUAACAAGACAGUCCGUGAUGUAGCACUGAGGGUCAGGUGGAUGAAUAAAAAAGAAAAUUGCAAGAGAAGGAAGGAUGAUUUUCCAAGGAAAAGUAAAGACAAAAAGGUUUCUGAUCCUGCAGUGAGGUCAUCUCACUUUACUGCUCAACCCAAUGUUUCCCCAUAUGCUCUUGCUAUGACAAUGAUGGACAACGAUGAUGGCAUCUCUCACAUAGCUAUUGGAGGCCCCACAGGUGAGCUCUUAGAGCAAAAUGCACAGGCCUUGAAUAUAAUCUCUACCAAUCUUGCUGCUCUUCAGUUUCAGGGUAAUGUCAAUCUUUUCAGCCAAACGAGAGACAACAUCGUCAAAAUUUUGAAUGACAUGAAUGACAUGCAAGAGGCAAUGAAGCAAAUGCCACCUCUUCCUUUUAAGAUCAAUGAAACAAUAUUCAACUCCAUACUUUCCAAAACAAAUCAACAUAUGCAAUAACGAUGCUUGCUCAUUCAUUAUGAUACCUGGGCUUGCUUCUUCCAUAUUUAUGCUUGCAUUCAAAUUGACCCAGCAUUAAAGAACAAAGAAUGGAAUAAGUUGACCACCACCCAGCUGAAUUAGCCUUCAUUUUUUGUAACUUUCUGGUUUCCCUGCUCUUGCUCGCUUAUUAAGUUUUUAACUUAAUUGGAGUAUAGGAACUAGUUGUUAUUAUUUUGGGGACUGAUAAAAAUAACUAGAACUUAGUUAUUUGUAAAUUUUAUUCUCCAUAUUAUAUAAAUGGUAGAUAUUGUUUCCUUGUUUCUCUGCUCA